CCAAAGAUUGAAAACAAAGUUUUCUUAAUUAAAAUAACAAUGGAAAUGCCUGGCACUUUUACAGGCGAUUUGGAUAAAACACAAAUACCACCGCUUAAUCAAAAACGUAUACUAGCAUUUGUUAAUCAUUUUCUUAUAAGCACCUGCACAUUUCUGAACGAAUUUGCCUUAAAUUGCGAAACAAAGUUUGUGCAUUUGGAACGACAGCUGCAAAGAACCGAAGCGGCUUUGAUGAUAUUGGAAGCAAAGCUAGCCUCCAUACCAGUGGACAAUGAAGUGGAAGUUGAGAGUAAAACUGCACCCUCCGCUUCUAUAGCUGUGGAGGAAGAGGAAGUUACGUUAGACGAUGUGGACGAAGUUCCUAAACCCCAAGGAGUACGUGCGUGCGAGGACUCGCGCUAUAAAAAGUUCUUUAAAAUGCUGCAAGUCGGUGUUCCAGCAGCUGCGGUAAAACAGAAAAUGUUUGCAGAAGGUCUAGAGCCUACAAUACUAGAUCAACCUGACUUGUUGCUGGAGGAUGGCUUCACAGCUUAGGUAUAUCCAAAGCGAAUCGACAAUUUUGGUGAUAUAUAUAUAUAGUUUAUAUAAAUGAAACACUUGUUAAAAUUUACGUCUACAAUUUGUUUUAUUUUCCCCACUUGUGGCAGGUCGAUGAAAACAACUUAAAAACACUUCCGAUUAGAAAAAAGA